AUGUUUAUGUACAUCAAUGAAGUAAAACAACUAGAAAAAGAGUUGCCAACAUUGAUUGAUGAAUGGAAAGACGAACAAGAUCCCAGAAUACCGGAUCAGAAUGCUUGGGUUCCCGAGGAGGAACUGCCUCAGCGAUUGGCUGCGAUCGAGGAGGCGAAACGACGUAGACGGUGCCCAUUCACAUCACUAUUAUUAAUCAGUAGUGGCAAUGGAAGUGAUAAUCAACGUGUUUUUGGAUCUAGUAUCAUUUAUUCUGAAUGCUGUUGA